AUGUCGUCCCGCACAACCCCCCCGCAGAUUUUUACCUUGCGACCCUCGCAAAGGCCGGCGUCUCCUGACUAUCUCCAGGAGUGUCAAAAGCCUCACACUAACCCGCCCCCCAGCUCCGGUAGGCAGCACUGGGCCCUGAUCUCAGGCUUUGGUCAGGGGGAGAACAAACAGCGUCAGCAGACGAGGAACCUGGCGAGCGCCGGAGUGUGUGCCCGCUCCUCCAGCGCAGAGAAGGAUGCAGAGGACACAGAACAACAUGAGGAGGUCUUUUUUCCACUCCAGGAUGCUGCAGGCCAGCUGCCAGCAGAGAGUGAUGCCAUUCCACGGCGAUUUUGCCCUCAGAGGGUCGAAACCCGAGACGGGAGGAAGUGUCAGCAUCAAAGAGCUAUUAAUGCAGAGUCUGGUCACCAUGGAAACCCCAGCCCCGACCUAAAGACCUCCUCCAUCACAGGGAAGUCUUCUUCAGUGACGGAGACGACCCUUCCUCAGGAAUCAUUGGCCUCUGAAGUGCCAUUAAGAUUACAGAUCAAAGUGUCCGGCCAGAGUGGUGGUUUGGGAAUCAGCAUUGCUGGUGGAAUAGGCUCGAUGCCUUACAAAGACCACGAUGAGGGUAUUUUUAUUUCCAGAGUAAAUAAAGGGGGGGCGUCAGAAAAGGCUGGGGUCCAUGUUGGAGAUAGAUUGCUGGAGGUCAAUGGCCUCAAUAUGCAGCUGGUGACCCACCAUGGGGCAGUCACUGCCCUCAGGAAUGCUGGGAGCUGCAUCAAGAUGGAAGUGCUCAGAGAGAGGCUGCUACCUCGAGAGUUGUGUGAUCCGGGGGAGCACAAGGAUCUUUGGGACGUGACAAGCCGACAGCCGGGCAGCCAAGAAGGCAGGAGCCAGAGAGGAAAACAGCCAAAGAUGGAGAACACAGAUUUCUGUUUGUCUAAGAAGAUUGAGAAGAGUGUCUGCAACGGCAAUGGCAUUUCUGAUUUGUAUCGCGAGCUGAGCAGGGACUUUUCUGAACCGAAGGCGCAGACAUUGAUGAGAAAUGAUUCACAUCAGGGAGGGAAACACACAAUGACAAUCCCUCGGAUUAUUCUCACUCAUCCCUCUACCUCGGAUGAAGAUGUGGAGCUUUUGACACAGAUCCCCAGCAGAGAGACGUUACAUGCCUCUGAAAUUCAUGACACACACUCACACUGUUUUGACAGCGCACCCACCUUGACCAGUGAGUAUAGGGGACAUAAAUGAAGGACAUAGACUGUUAUAACCCGGCUCUUUUCCUUUGUAAUGAUACUUUCCAUACUGCUGGAAUGAUUUACUUGCAUCAUUUAGUGAUAUUAGAGUUUAUUUUUAUUACUAAAACCACAGAGUUUCCCCUGUACAACUCAAUAGAACAGAGACUGGAGAUGAUGAUAAGAAUGUCCAAAUGAAUUACUGUACAUGUCGUAAUGUGAAAUACAAUCAAUUAAACAAUUAAUGCCGCUGGCUACCUCUACUUCUCACCGCUGUGCUGUAAAUAAUGGCUGUGCUGGCUGAAAUAGUGUCACCGCCCAUGACAGUGUGAAGCACUCAAAGCUUUUAUAGUGUGUACUGAGAUAAAAUGCCACACUGCGGAACAGAUUGCACGGCAUGCCGUCCGUUUCCUGCAGAGUCCUGAUGCAGAAUUAACUUAAUUCCCUCGCACAACAUCCAGAUUGAUGGGAUUACACACUCUGCCUUUUGAGAAACAGAACAUUACCUGCUUUGUGUUGUUUCACAGCUCUUUCAUUCUCACAGCAAAAACAGUUUAUAGUUCUGUGUUCACUUUCUCAAUAAAGCACAAUGUUGUUCCUC